UAAUAAUAUAAUGUGAUAGAAUGAAAGAAAAAAAAAAAACCCAAAACAAACAACCUUUUAGCCAGGCGCUGCACCUUACUCAUUUAACGUUUGAGCUGAUUCUUUUUUUAAUUGUUCUAGAUACUAAUUGACUUCUUUGAUAUUUUCAAAUUUAGAUUAUGACACAAGGUGAAAGAGAAUUCCCCUUGUUGUUCCCCUUGUUGUUGUUUGGUGAUGCUGCUUAAGCUUGAUAAGAUGUGAUCAGUGUUCUUUUGCCCUGUGCAGUGAUCUGUCAGUUAAAUCGGCUCAGGUGAAGCUGCAGGGCGCAUGCUCCGCCCACCCACCAGGACUGUCAAAGAACAGGAAGAAGUAGUCUACCGUUGGAACUACUCGCUUCUCCGUUGUCACACAGGGGUUAAAAAGUUACCUAAACUUUGUUGAGCAGCCAUGGAAACAAAUAUUAGACACACCAUCGACUCUGGUCAUCUUUAAAGCCGACUCCGCGGUUGUUGUUACCGAAACAACGGGUGGAAGUGAAUGCGCAGGCUUUUUGUUCCGCUUUAACUAACUAAUUACUGGAGCCCACGGGCUAGCCCGGGCUAAAGCUAACGUUAGCUCUUUUUGUACCGCAUAUUUGAGGGGUUUGUUGUUGUUUCUUAACUCGGUGGCUGGUGUAAUCUAUAGGAAGUAACAGCGUUAGGUGCUCGUUGGUAUUCCACAGGCGCAACAAGUUGUUUUCGUGCUUCUUGACUCGAGUACUUCGGCUUGUGCUUUGAAUUUCCCUCCUUUGGUCAUACACACGGGCGGCUUUGCGAGGGGGUCGCUUGGCUGUGUACCAAAUUACUAGCAGACUUGUGCUAAUUGUGGCUAUCUAGCUGAGAUACUAGCACUAGACCUUUGGGAAUACACUUUCCCACCCAAGCUAGACAACAUUGCAGGCGAGAACCCCCGCUACAUGUGUCAAUCUGUACGUCAAAUUCAAGGAAACGGAUUAAUUUACCAAUAUGGAUCAAAACACGGGGAGUUCAGCUUCAUUUGCUGGAUCCAAGAAAGAGAAGGAUAGGAAAUCAAAGAAGAAGGACAAGGACGAGGAUGGAGAUGGGAAAAAGAAAUUUAAUCUCAAACGGCUGAUUCCUGAUGAGUUGGAGCGUCUCACCAGUAUGAGAACAAAAAAGGACAAGGAAAAGCCUCUCCCUCCAAAUCAGCGACAUUCUUCAGCUGCCAGCUAUGAGCUCUCACCUCAAAGCGCUAUGCUCCAUGAACAAACUGAUGAAGAUAUCCUGGCGCUCUUCGAAAAGAUGCUGGUGGACAUGAACCUGAAUGAGGAAAAGCAGCGACCGCUGAGGGAAAAACACAUAUCGAUUAAACGAGAGAUGGUCUCCCAAUACCUCCACACCUCCAAAGCUGGACAAGAUCAAAGGGAGAGGUCCAAGUCGGCAAUAAUGUACAUCCAGGAGAUAAAGAUGGAGUACAGAGACCCACAGCAGCUGCUUACCUGUCUGGAGUCCUUGCGAGUCUCACUCAAUAACAACCCCGUCAGUUGGGUGCAGAAUUUUGGAGAUGAAGGCCUCAUGCUGCUUUUGUCGCUACUGAAACGACUUCAAGACGAGAAGGACGAAAACUUACAAGCUAGAAAUAUGGGAUACAAAUGUCAACAUGAGAUCAUUCGCUGUCUGAAGGCCUUCAUGAAUAACAUGUAUGGUAUAAAAUCCAUGUUGGGGAAGGAGGAUGGGAUUCGUCUCCUGGUCAGAGCCUUGAACUACAAGGUGCCCAACAUGAUGGUGGAUGCUGCCAAGCUACUUUCUGCCAUCUGUAUUUUCGAUCAUCCUGACAACCUUCAUGAUCGUGUUUUGGAGGCCAUUACAGAGGAAGCUGAAAAACGGGAUGCUGAGAGAUUUCAGCCUCUUAUAGAUGGGAUGCAGAGUAACCAAAUUGCUCUUAAGAGUGGAUGUAUGCAGCUGAUCAACGCCCUAAUCAGCCGGGCAGAGGAACUGGACUUUAGAAUCCAUAUUCGUUCUGAACUCUUAAGACUGGGACUUAGACAACACCUGAGUGAGAUCCGGAGGAUAGAAAAUGAGGAGCUACAGGUGCAACUCAAUGUGUUUGAUGAGCUGGCCGAAGAAGACUCAGACGACCUUAGAGGACGUCUUGAAGACAUCCGCAUAGAAAUGGAUGAUGUGAGGGAAGUGUUUGACAUCCUGUUCAACACAGUGAAGGAUUCCAAGGCUGAAAGUCACUUCCUGUCCCUGAUGCAACACCUGCUCCUGAUCCGUAACGAUUAUUUGGCCAGGCCUCAGUACUACAAGCUGAUAGAUGAGUGCAUUGCUCAAAUUGUGCUUCACAAGAAUGGGUCAGACCCUGACUUCAAGUGCCGCAAGCUCCAUGUCGACAUCGAAGGUUUGAUAGACAACAUGGUGGACAAGACCAAAGUGGAAGUCAGUGAGGCCAAAGCGACAGAUCUGGAGAAGAAGCUGGAUGCAGAGCUGACAGCGCGCCACGAGCUGCAGGUGGAGAAGAAUAAAUUGGAGAGUGAUUAUGACCAAAAGCUGCAGGACCUGAGCCAAGAAAAGGAACAGCUGGCCUGCGCCAAACUGGAGCGAGAAAAGGAGAACCAGGGUCUGCAAGAACAGCUAGGCUCUUUGCAAAACCAGAUUGAAAAGUUGUCGAAGGAUCUGGAAGAAGCCAAAACGAAGGUGGUUACGGUUACUGUUCCUGUGCCAACACCCGGUGUGCCACCUCCUCCACCUCCUCCACCCCUUCCAGGCCAGUCUGGUGUUGCACCUCCAACUGCGCCUAUACCAGGCCACGCAGCUAUACCUGGUCCAGUUCCUCCCCCUCCACCCCCACCGCCUUUACCUGGGAUGCCAGGACCACCACCUCCUCCGCCUCUCCCCGGCAUGCCAGGACCACCACCUCCUCCGCCUCUCCCCGGCAUGCCAGGACCACCACCUCCUCCGCCUCUCCCCGGCAUGCCAGGACCACCACCUCCUCCGCCUCUYCCCGGCAUGSSAGGACCACCACCUCCUCCGCCUCUYCCCGGCAUGGGAGGACCACCACCUCCUCCACCCUUACCAGGUGGUCCUGGUAUUCCUCCUCCACCACCAGGACCAGGUAUGCCUCCACCCCCGCCAGGAAACUGGGGUCCUCCUGCACCACCUGCACUACCCUUUGGGCUCCAGCCUAAGAUGGAAUACAAGCCAGAGGUCCAGUUGAAGAGGGCUAACUGGAGUAAGAUUGCAGCUGAUGACCUGAGUGAGAACAGUUUCUGGACCAAAUCCAAUGAGGACCAAUUUCAGAGCAAUGAACUGUUUGCCAAACUCACGUUAACUUUCUCAUCACAAACAAAGCCCAAGGGUGUUAAAAAAGACCAGGAUGGUGGACAGGAAAAACAGACACAGAAGAAGAAGGUGAAGGAGCUAAAGGUUCUUGAUUCGAAAUCCUCACAGAAUCUCUCGAUUUUUCUGGGGUCGUUCCGUCUUCCUUACGAGGAGAUCAAGAAUGCAAUCUUACAAGUCAAUGAGAAGAUUCUCACAGAGUCCUUGGUUCAGAUGUCCAGUGUGAAGCGACUGAUGCCACGGCUUCAGGCCAUCCAGUUCAAGCUGCAGUUUGAGGAGCAGCAGAACAAUAUCAAGCCAGAUGUGGUGGCUGUGACGGCUGCCUGUGAAGAGCUCAGGAAUAGCAACACAUUUGCCAAGCUGCUGCAGAUCAUCCUUCUAGUUGGGAACUACAUGAAUUCCGGCUCUCGAAAUGGAGCCGCAUUCGGCUUCUCCAUAUCCUAUUUGUGCAAGCUGCGCGACACCAAGUCAGCUGAUCUGAAGCAGACACUGCUCCACUUUCUUGCCGAUGUUUGCAAUGAGGAGCAUCCUGAUGUCAUGAAAUUUCCUGAAGAGCUUAUUCAUGUGGAAAAGGCCAGCAGAGUUUCUGCAGAGACGAUUCAGAAGAAUUUGGAGCAAAUAGGGCGUCAGAUCAAAAGCCUACAGAAAGAUCUGGAAACUUUCCCUCCUGCACAAAAUGAAAAUGAUCAUUUUGCGGACAAGAUGUCUAGUUUUGUAUCCUACGCUCAAGAACAGUAUGAGAAACUGGAUGGGAUGCAUAAAAAUAUGGAAAAGCAGUACACUGAACUUGGAGACUACUUUGUCUUUGAUCCAAGAAAGAUAUCAGUGGAGGAGUUCUUUGGAGACCUCCACAACUUCAUAACCAUGUUCCAGCAAGCGGUGAAAGARAACCAGAAGAGGAAGGAAGCUGAAGAGAAGAUCAGGAAGGCCAAGCUGGCUAGAGAAAAAGCAGAGAAGGAGAAAGAGGAGAAGCUGAAAAGAAGCCAGCUUCCCGACAUCAACGCAGAGGGUGAUGAAACUGGUAUCAUGGACGGCCUGCUGGAGGCGCUGCAGUCAGGUGCUGCUUUCAGAAGGAAGCGAGGACCUCGACAAGCAGCCAACCACCGGCGAGCUGGUCAAGCAGUGACCAACAUCCUGGCCAAAGAGCUGAUGCAGGAAGACACAACUUCAUCCAGUAAAAUCCCCAAAAAGAAGACGAAGUCUGAAAAGGAGGAGCCAAAUCUAGAAGGAGCAGAAUCCUUGGAGGAGCUACUGGACCCUGUUCCCUCUCGGUCUAAUUAGGACCUCCAAGUACAGAAGUUUUUUUUUUUUUUUUUGAUAUAUACAUUGGUAUUGAAAACAGUUUCUUAUCCAAUCCAGGGAUCAACAGCAACAUGGCAUUAUUUUCCCUGAUCCCUUUGCUUGCAUGGAUUAUUUUCAGGACUUCUUUCCUGCUCUGGGUUAGAGAGAGGCAGAACCAGAGGGCCGACCUCUCGCCUCAGCAUCAGCUUCUGAACGUUUGCCAAUUUCUUUCAUCAGCAUGCACCUAAAGGUUAAAGUUUUGAUCAAAGGGCCUUUCCCAAAGACUUCCUCAGGACUGAAUCACCUCUUUUUAUUUCAUGUCAGAAAUUACGGCUUAUUUCCAGGAUGUCUGAACAGUAAAAACUUUUUUUUUUUUUUUCCCCCAACAAGGUAAAACAUACUUCUUUGUAACAUUUUGCAAUACUGUGCAUCUGUAAUACUUUGUCCACAUGUUUUAUUGAAGUGCCAACGAGUCUCAUAAUUUCACUUGCAGGUGUAGUCCAGUUGUAGUUCCCACUGCAGAGAGCAUAUGGACCAGAUMAUUACGCUUCACCUGGGUUCAUCUUGUAGACAGGAUUUACCUCACUUGGUGUGCAUCAAACAGUUAUUUUUGUACAUAUAAAAACGUAGACCAUAAUCUAAACUGUAAUGGGGAGUGAAUUUACAUUGAAACCAAAAAAUAAUUUUCAAUGUGUGGUUUCAUACAGACAUACUGCAGCCUCAGUAGUUUGCAUUCCUCUGUGUUUUUUGUAUACCAGAAGAACUUGAGUGUGAAAUUAUCCGCUUAUAUUUAGUUUUGUGUGUACAAAUCUGUGUGCGUGUGUUUGCUUGCAAGUUUCAGUGUUUGCGUGCACAUGUGUGUUGCCAUCUGUAAUUACUGUACAAUACCAACCGGGCUGUCAUGAAUGAUGAUCUUGUGGUCUUUCUGCUGAGAGUAUAGCGCACUGGAAAACAGCCCAGAAACUGCUGAGACAAGUAUCUGUGUUCACUUGUUAGUCUGUCUGUUCUCCCACUGAACUGCAGCCGUCGUCUCCGGAUGUCUGGCCUCGCUCCUGUUUGUAUUCUGCAGCCUGCAGCAGACAUGUUGCCAUGAUGUUUUGGUGUAAGACCUGACAGGAAGCACGCCAGGUGAUGUCAGCUGCUCAACACAGCUUCUCCUCCUAUGCAAAUCCUUCAGUGUAACCUGCAGCCCAGUCAGUCAGUGCAGCACUUAUAUGGUAUGUUCUGUAAAGAUGAAUGUUUACUUUUUUUCCCUUUGUUUAUUUUGGGAGAACGUGGCACUUAAAGGUCAUGAAAUGGAUUCCAGUGAAGCACUAGAGGUGUAGUAAUGUCUGAGUCUGGAUCUAGUGCUUUAUUUUUUUAAUCUUGAAACACAGGAAAUAUCCACCUGCACAAAAUAUCUCAUUGCUGUAAUUAAACCGAUAUAACUGCUGUGUUAAUGAUUUUCUGUGUUCAGGUAGGCAGCACUAGAUUGUAAGCUUUCAACAGUAAGAACAUCAGAACACCACUGGAAUAUUCUGCCUGAGUUAUUUCUUUUUUUCUGUACUUUUUUGGUCCUUCUAUAACAUAUUUUGUCCUAAAUAACCUUUUACAAUAUUUUUUUUUUUCAGUGAUUGCUUUACACAAUAACAUGCACAUUCCUUCUGUAAUUUUGAAUUAAAAUGUCUUAAAUUAAA